AUGUCAUCUCAAAACUUCAAUUCUCCUUUCAGUUUCAGGAUUUUUAUGGAGUUUAGCUUGCAUAACAAAAAACUUUCAUCCAAAAAGCAAAGAUGGGAACUAAGCUCAAAUUCGCGAACUAAUCAGACCCUUUACAGAACAGUGAAAAUCCCACAAGCCCAGAAGCAAAACUUUAAAGAAAAUGGGGUUGUAGUAGGGUUUAAGCUGCAGUGCUGUUCAAAGGCUGCAACUUUACCAACAAGAAGUGUAGGUAGUACUAAGAAAAGAAGGUACGGUGGCAUUUUGCCUUCAAUUUUACGGUCUCUAGAAAGCGAAAAUGAUGUUGAAAAGGUUCUUGAGUUGCAUUAUGGGAAGCUUAAUGCUAAGGAGUUGACUGUUAUUCUCAAAGAGCAAGGUAGGUGGGAGAAGGUUUUGAGGGUGUUUGAGUGGAUGAAGUCACAGAAAGAGUAUGUCCCUAAUGUGAUUCAUUAUAAUGUUGUGCUUAGGUCGUUGGGGAGGGCGAAAAAAUGGGAUCAAUUGAGGCUUUGUUGGAUUGAAAUGGCAAAAAAAGGUGUUUUGCCGACAAAUAAUACGUAUGGGAUGCUGGUUGAUGUGUAUGGGAAAGCAGGUCUCGUGAAAGAGGCACUUCUGUGGAUUAGGCAUAUGAAGUUGAGGGGGCUAUUCCCAGAUGAGGUGACAAUGAAUACCGUGGUGAGGGUAUUGAAGGAUGCAGGGGAAUAUGAUAGAGGGGAUAGGUUUUAUAAGGAUUGGUGUGCUGGGAAAAUUGAACUGGAUGAUCUUGAUUCGAUGGAUGAUGUGCAAUCCAAGGAUGGGUUGGGACCUGUUAGUUUGAAGCAUUUUCUAUUAACUGAACUUUUCAGGACAGGCAGUAGAAACAGUCUUUCUAGUGAUUGGGGUUCAACUGAUGGAGAAAUGUCUGUUCAAAAACCAAGGCUUACAGCUACGUAUAAUACUUUGAUUGAUUUGUACGGGAAGGCAGGGCGGUUGAAAGAUGCUGGAGAUGUGUUUGCAGGCAUGUUAAGUUCUGGGGUGGCUAUGGAUACAAUUACUUUUAACACCAUGAUUUUCAUUUGUGGAAGUCAUGGUCAUUUGUCGGAGGCAGAGGCAUUGCUUGAUGAGAUGGAAAAGAAGGGAAUAAAUCCUGAUACAAAGACCUACAAUAUUUUCUUAUCUUUGUAUGCAGAUCAGGGAAAUGUAGAUACUGCUCUUCAGUAUUAUCACAAGAUAAGGGAAGUUGGUCUUUUUCCCGAUGAAGUAACCUUUAGGGCAGUUCUUCAGCUACUAUGCAAGAGGAAUAUGGUUCAAGAGGUAGAGGCUGUCAUUGAAGAAAUGGAGAAAUCAGGCAAGCAUAUUGAUGAUCACUCUCUUCCUGUUGUUAUGAAGAUGUAUGUCGAUGAAGGAUUGAAUGAAAUGGCAAAUGCACUGUUUGAGAAGGGACAAUUGACUGGUAGACUGACAUCAAGGUCAUAUGCUGCAAUUAUGGAUGUUUAUGCUGAAAAGGGACUUUGGGCUGAAGCUGAGGCUGUGUUCUUCAGUAAGAGGGACAUAUCUGGACAAAAGAAGGAAGUUCUAGAGUACAAUGUCAUGAUCAAGGCUUAUGGUAAGGCAAGGCUGUAUGACAAAGCUUUUUCACUUUUCAAGAGAAUGAAAAAUCAUGGGACAUGGCCAGAUGAAUGUACUUUUAAUUCUCUUAUCCAAAUGUUUGCUGGGAGUGAUCUAGUGGACCAAGCAAGGGACUUACUGGCUGAGAUGAGAGAAGCAGGAUUUAAACCAUCCUGUCUGACUUUCUCAUCAGUGAUUGCAAAUUAUGCCCGAAUUGGGAGAUUUUCUGAUGCAAUUAGUGUCUUCCAAGAGAUGUCAAAAGCAGGUGUAAGACCAAACGAAGUUGUUUAUGGAUCAUUGAUAAAUGGGUUUGCAGAAGCUGGAAAAUUUGAAGAAGCAGUUUCCCAUUUCCACAAUAUGGAAGCAUCUGGGUUUCCAGCAAACCAAAUAAUUUUAACCUCCAUGAUUAAGGCAUUUAGUAAAGUUGGAUCUGCUGAAGGAGCAAAACGACUGUAUGAGAAGAUGAAGAACAUGGAAGGUGGUCCUGAUAUAGUGGCAUCCAACAGUAUGCUUAAUCUUUAUGCCGAAUUAGGAAUGGUCUCUGAAGCAAAACUGAUGUUUGAUCAUUUGAAAGAAAAAGGUUGGGCAGAUGGUGUCACAUUUGCUACCAUGAUGUAUGUUUAUAAGAACAUGGGCAUGCUUGAUGAAGCUAUUGCUGUUGCUGAGGAGAUGAAAGCUUCUGGUUUGCUGAGGGAUUGUGUUGCAUUUAAUAAGGUGAUGGCAUGUUAUGCUACAAAUGGCCAGCUAGUUGCCUGCGGCCAGUUGUUGCAUGAAAUGGGUGAGCAAAAGCUUUUGCCAGACACAGGGACCUUCAAAGUAUUAUUUACAGUAUUGAAGAAGGGAGGUCUUCCAACUGAAGCAGUUAGACAACUUGAGUCAUCUUAUCAGGAAGGAAAACCUUUUGCAAGGCAAGCUGUGAUAACCUGUGUUUUUUCUGUAGUUGGUUUGCAUGCUUUUGCACUUGAAUCCUGUCAAAUCCUUGUGAAAGCAGAGAUUGCCCUUGGUUCAUUUGCUUAUAAUGCAGCAAUAUAUGCUUAUGGGGCUUCAGGGAACAGUGCUGAGGCAUUGAAUGUGUUCAUGAGAAUGCAAGAUAAGGGAGUAGAACCUGACGUUGUCACCCUCAUUCAUCUUGUAAGUUGUUAUGGGAAGACUGGCAUGGUUGAAGGCAUAAAACGAAUUCACAGCCAAUUGAAAUAUGGAGACAUUGAGCCCAGUGAAUCACUAUAUGAGGCUAUCAUAAGUGCCUACAGAAACACCAACAGGAAUGACCUUGCUGAGCUGGUGAAUCAAGAGAUUAAAUUUGCUUUUGAUGUAAAACCAUGCUUUGAUUCUGCCACUGAGGAUGUCUCUGAAGGAAGUUCUUUCAGUCCACAAGCAUCAGAAGAGGAAGCCGGAGAUGCAUAGUAAUUUUGGCCGGGCAUAAUCUGUUAUGGUUACAGAAAGUGAAUACUUCAUAUGCUGGCUCUUAAAAGCUAUACAAUUAGUAAAGCAUUUCUGCUACUAUUAAUGUUAGUAUACUUGUUCAAUGUAUGACCAGUGUGAUUAUGAGUCAUGGGGCUUUCUGUUUGGAGAGUUUGAAUAUAAGAGGAUUGGUUUGACCAUCUUUAAUUAA